AUGAUAUCAUUAGCAGGAAGAGUAGGUGUACUCAAUAACACCAAGUCGAUGAUUCGUAUGUUGUGUAUAUCAUCAUCGUCGACAACAACAAAUAUAUCAAACAACAACAUAUAUUAUAAACGAUCAUUAUCAACAUCGUCAAGAGGAGGAGGAGGAGGAAAUAAUGAAAUAGAUAGUAAACAAGGUGAUGAUAAACCAUCAGUAUUAUCAAAAGAAUUAAGAGAAUUGGGAGUUUAUUUACCAGAGGAAAUGGAGGAUGCAUACUAUGAAGAGGAAUUUGAAGAAGAAGAUGAUGAAGAAAUUGACGGAGAAGAUGAAGAAGUUGAUAAGAGUCAAGGAGAGGAAGAUGACAUUAUAGAUUUAGAUAAAAAGAAGAAAAAUGAAUUAACAGAACAAGAAUAUAGAAUGAAGAAACUAUUGGAUAUGGUUAAACUACAAGAGAAACAUAAUCCUGUCAUCUUUGAACAAGCACAAUCAAAGACCUAUGAAGAACUACAAGCUGAAUGGGAAGAACAACAAUACCAAAAAAAGGUGGAAGCUCUCAACAAGAUUGAUUUCAAUCAAGAGUUUAUUGUCAAAGAUACCGAUAGAUCAAAUCUAUUUGAUACUGUUAAUAAUCAAUUCACUGCAAUUGAUCGUUCAAAUAAUCAAAUUCAAUUUAAAAAUGAUAAUAAUAAUAGUGUAAAUAAUAAUAAUAAUCAAAAUAAUAAUAGUGGAAAUAGUAGUAGUCCAAGAAUUACAUCAAGAAGACAACAUUUUAAUCAAUUAGAUAAAAGUAAUGAUGAUUUACCAGAUGUUGAUAUAUCAAGAAACGAUGAUCUCUCAACGAGACUAUCAAAGAUCAAGAACAAGUUGGCCAAGGAUAAAAUGAUAUCUGGUCGAUUAAAUGUAGAAGAGUUGUCCAACUUUUAUGAACUGUAUCGAACCGAUCCACAAACCAAUAACUCUCAAUCCCUCGCCGACAAGUAUUCCAUCACCAACGACACUGCUCAACAACUAUUAAAAUAUUACAGUGUUCCAGUCAUUGUCAAAUACAAUACCGGUACUAAAAGUGCUCAUUGGUCUGUAACUUUUGAACAAUAA